AGGUUAGAAAAAUAUAUUUUAGUUUUAGUAUAAUGGCCAAUUGAAACAGAGGAAAUAUCUGUCUUUGUCGCAUCCCUUAUUACCCGACUUUCCCAAAGUCGCAUCCCUUAUUACCCGACUUCCCCAUAGAGUGUAUUAGAGUGAUUAUUUGUUAAAGCAACAGGCCAUUUUUGUCGUUCUGUCGAAACUUAAAACGCUGCGGUCUGCGGUAAUCGUUCAUCUGGAUUUUAGCGAUCGUUCCUAGAAUCAGAGUACAGUUCAUUUCUGGGUGUAGUUACAACAUGGGGAUUGACCAUGGAGUUGACUUUCUUUUUGUUGUCGCAUUUCUGCUGAUUUCAAUGGCUUCCUCUUAUGUUGCCUACCGCCCCGGUGACAUCGUUCCCAUGAGCAAAAUGGGUCAAUACCACUCUUCGAGGACUGUUUGGCAUGAUAUGAUUGGAAAACACUGUCCUAUUUUCGGGGUUAAUCGCGAGGUGUUGAUACCCAUUCCGAAACCAACUGGUUACACUGGAGCUGAUCCUUACAAGAUAUCAUUUCAAGUUGGAAAAGAAAAAUAUGACGUGCCAUGGCUGUUUGUGAUCAAUCGGAAGAGUUCUGAGGUUUCGAUGAUUGAUGUGCAUUUGAGGCAUUCUGGGGGUGAUUUGCUUGGUGUUACUGCUAAGGUCAUUGAUAUGCCUCAUCACUAUGUUGAACUUCAUCCUGAUAUACGUAAGCAAUUUUGGGAUCCUCAACACUGGCCAAAGCACGUGCUUGCUAGAUAUACAUGGGAAGAGCAGUCGGAGAUAGAUGUGGCGACGGGAUUUUAUGUUCUAUUUGGGUCAGGGGUCGUGCUUUCCUUCAUCCUGGCUGCCUACACAUUGCAAUCAUCUCGAGAUAAGUUGGAAAAGUUUGUAAGGGAGACUGUUGCUGAGACCAACAUCCCUGGCGUAGUAGUGGCAAAAGUUGAAUGAUAAGUUUUAUUAGUCAAUAGAGAAGUAAGGUUCUGAUUAGAUGCUGGAAGGAUUAGGAGUACAAGUUUACUUGUUAGGGAAAGAUUCUAUACAAGUUAAAUUCUGGAAGAAAUAAAGCUGCUGCUUGAGCGUCCUUAGCUGUAUUUGUUUUGUCAAGAACCUUCGUCUUUCCCGAUUUCUGAUACACGUCACCAAAAGGGUGGCAGAAAAGUAUUUGUAUAGCAGUAUCUAAUCUUAUUUUCUAUUUUUUUUUUGAAUGCGAUGACAAACGUCGAAAGCCAUGUUUUUAA